CCUGUUGUCGAGAACUAGUCUUGCUGUUCCCAGAAAGCAAGCCGGCCCGUCUUCGUCUGCCCUGUUUGCAGCCUUGAAACUACUCGUGGUGCCUUUGCAAUGAUACAGUUUAUUCGUCGUCAUAUACUUGAUUUUGCACAUGUCAUUAUCAUUCAUCGCCAGGCAAAUUCGGCGUGUGCUUUGCAAAGGCUUCAACAACCAGCUUCUGAAAUUAUCACGCCAUUCUAUGACCACAAGUUGUACUAUUCAUGUACUUUCAUCACGCUAUUAAUUGUCGUUCAUCUUUCAGUUGGCGCGGCGCAUCGCAAAUCAUUGCUUGCAUAGGUUGGCAGGAAAACUCGUUGGUAUUAGGGAAGUCAGGCGUCGGUGUCCUACGUUCCAUAUUAGAUGGUCUAACUUCGGUCCCAUUUCGGCUUG